GAGCCAGAGGUGGUACUACAGGAGCCAGAGGUGGUACUACAGGAGACAGAGGUGGUGCUACAGGAGCCAGAGGUGGUGCUACAGGAGACAGAGGUGGUGCCCCAUAUGAUUGAGCCCCAUAUGCAGCCUUUAAAUUUCACUUGUGCGGAUCUUCAGAGGUCCAAUUUGAAUCCAGGCCAAAAACCAUGGAGAUGAACUAAACAAGUGCAAGAAACAAACAUUAGAAAACAUCCACUGUGUCAUGUCAUUUGUUCCUCUUCCUGUCAGAUCUCUGCCAGACCACAGAAACAAGAGCAGCAGACAAAUUUCAUCAUUAUGAUCUCCGCCAUCACAGAGGGGCAGAAACAAACAGAUGGCCUCAAAUUUAUUUUAAAAAUGUAUCUAGGCAAGUCAGUUAAGAACAAAUUAUUAUAUUCAAUGACGGCCUAGGAACAGUCGGUUAACUGUCUUGUUCAGGGGCAGAAUGACAGAUUUUUACCUUGUCAACUCUCGGAUUCGAUCUUGGAACCUAUCGGUUACUAGUCCAACGCGCUAACAACUAGGCUACCUGCCGCCCCAACGGAGAAAAAAAGGUUGCUGCUGAAAGCGGAGAGUGAGGUACAGAAGAUGGAGAAGAAAUUGGAGGACGAGGUCACUGGGAUGGAGCUCACAUUGCAGGGUGAAGAACCUGGGAGGUUGCUUCAGGAUUACAAUGCCCUGCAGAAAGGCUCAGUUGAUGCAUCUCCAUACUGUGUCAGUCUGGACCCAGAGAAGAGACUUGUUCAGGCAGGAGAACUCAGAGAGAUGCUCCACAUGGAGGUGGACAGGAUCUGGAAGGACCAAGGUUCUGCCGUUAGGACAGCUUUACGUGUAGAUCCUACAGCUUUACGUGUAGAUCCUACAGCUUUACGUGUAGAUCCUACAGCUUUACGUGUAGAUCCUACAGCUUUACGUGUAGAUCCUACAGCUUUACGUGUAGAUCCUACAGCUUUAGGUGUUCACUGUCAACACUGAAACAAUGUGUGCCAGAAGAGGAGCUGGGGGAGGAUUGGGAGUAGAGACGGGGACCUAUGAGGACGUUGGAGUUUCCUACCUCAGAGAAAUUAUAUUUUACUGGGACACCUUGUCUCUCUGUUAACCAAGCACCAGCUGCAUCUGAGUUGGAAGUCCCUGGGAUUAUAGGAGAGUCUGUUCUCCUGUCCUGUGACCUGAAUUCAUCCACGGCCAUCGACCCAUCAAGACUCCGGUUCCAUUGGCAAGAUAAGUCCGAAAAAGUGUUGUACUCGUUCAACAAAGGAGAAGAGAAUCGACAUCAGGAUAACCUUUACACAAACAGAACUAAAGCCUUUGGGUCUGAGAUGAGUUCUGGGAAUAUCUCUAUCAAACUCAGCCAAGUCACACUUGAAGACAAGCAGAACAUCUACUGGGCUUUCGCUACACUGUUUGGCAAGAAUGAUAAGCAUAUCCGCGUGUGUCACACUACCCUACAUGUGGCAGCACGGUUCCCGUCACCCAGUGUGACUGUGAACAAGACAAAUAUGAAUGCCACGUGUUCAACCCAGGGGGGAUACCCACAGCCAGUCGUCACAUGGACCAUCCAGGACGUCCUAUUGGCUCAGAACCGCACUCUGGACCCGUGGGAAGUACAGACCAAAAGACAACCUGAUCCUGAAAGUGGACUGUACACCGUUUGGAGCCAAGUGAAUAUAAGAGAAAAUCAGACGGUGACCUGCCAUAUCUUCAACCCCGUUCUGAGAGAGACUGUGAGCAACACAACCAUCGUCAGCUCCAAUCAGAGCAUUAACACAGACCCUACAGGUGAAGUUCAGGAACGCUUUUCUCCCGGAAUUAUUGGAGGCAUUAUAACAAUAUGUUUUGUGAUUUGCCUCGUGGGGAUAUUUAUUGCAUACAAAAAAUGUUGUGGAGCCACAGGAGACGGAGGUGGUACCUCAGGAGCCAGAGGUGGUGCAACAGGGCCAACGGAUUUUCCACAGGAGCCAGAGGUGGUACUACAGGAGGUGAUGAGGAGCAGAGCAUUCUAAUGGGUAUCACAACAAGCCAGCCUUAGUAUAGUAGUGUUGAUCAAGUUGAUGGAGCCACAGUUACCAACGCUAACGGCGCUACAGCAAAAAAACACAGCUGAUGGUGUAACAGAACCAGUGCGUGACAUUGUAAACAUGAAACUGGACAACAGUAGUUUUGAGACAGGUCUGAUCCUGAGUUGGACGCAGACUGAUGAGGUUAUGUAAAGAGGAAAGUCUGAAGCUACAGUAAACGAUGCUAUACAGGAACCAGGUGUAGGCCGGCACCAGACGAUCUAGAGGCAGACUGACAUUUCUUUAUAUACGGGUCCAUAAAUUGGACAUGUCAGUGUACUGUAUCCCAACGGAAUCUACCUCUUCUAUUGGAAGUAUUUGCAUGUUUUUUCUAAUAUUUUCAGAUUAAUAGCCAGCAAUUAGAAAAGCGUUAGAACGUCUACAGUAGAAUGUUGUAAAUAAUGUGUCUGGAAAUGUUCUACUGUAGAAGUUCUAAAUCAUGGGAGUAUUUAAAAAAAAAUACAUUACAAUAUUAAACUACUUCUGUUUUCAAAUAUAAAAUAUCCAAAUAUUUCCUUACAAAUGUCUUUGAAAAUAAUUGAAAGACCCUACAGUAAAUAGUAUUUUAAACCAUGUCUGAACCUGAAAAAUAAGUGAAAGACCCCAAAUAGUAUUUUAAAUAUAGUCUGAUAUUCAGUGGACAAACCUGCCUAGUGGGAACCAAGACAUCUGAUGUUGAAAAUGCAUUUUUGUUUUAUAUUUGACUUGAAUUUAUGAAGAACACUGAAGUUAAUUGUUUUACCUAAAAUCGGCCAGUAAGUGAGACCUGAACCUAUAACCAUCCACUUCAUUCUCUCUGUAUGUCUUUGUGUAACAAGUUACUGUAGAGGUUCUGAAGCUUGUACCAUGACCAAGGACUAGAUUCAAUCCGGACCGAAAUGGAGCCCAUAUAUACAGCAUUUACCGUGAAUGCAUUCUCUGCAAAUGCAGGAAUGUUAGCUUUUAAUUUUCACUAGUGCGGAUCUUCAGUGGUCCAGACUGAAUCCAGGCCUAAAACCAUGUAAACCUCAACACACUGGUACAGAUGUGUACUCUCAGACUGACUUAGAGGAGACAUUUUCACUCUGCCAAACAGACCUCACUGUGUUCAACAUUAGGGACAGCUGCUACAGAUCUGUAACCCAGAUUUAGAUUACAUUUUGAUUUUGUCUUUAAUAAAUAUUGUUGUGAAUAUUCAAAAAGGUUCAUGUAUUAUAUUUAUUUCAAUGUCAAACUUUUUAUUCUGGU